AGCGUUUCUCUUUAUCUUCUGUAUGUGUGGCAAUGACAUGGGGAUAUUGACAGAUAGACUGUGAUUACGAGGAUUUCGAAGGCGCGACUCUCUGGACAGAAAUCAAUGUGACUGUCACUCAAAUUGUCCUCGGAAACAGAGCAGCGGUAUCCGACUAACCCGCUGGUUACGUGGGAUAUCGGUGAAGAGGCAAUAUCCCGAGCAGAAGCAGUUGGAUACAAUUUCAGGCGGUGUAGAGGAGUAACAACAACAAAUCACCCCCCAAUCCUAGUGGGUUGAUAGCGCUCAUAGUAGGCCGCGCAGGUCUGGCACGGGGCGAGUUAUGUGUCACUCACUCACUCCACGCCUCCCUGAAUAGAUCGAAUCGAAGGGCUGAGGACGCGGGUGUUCAAGCAGGAGAAACCAGCAUCACAACACCGUUUUACUCAUAGCUCCGAACCAACCACAGACCGAAUGUGGAAGGGAAGACCUUGAUGCCAAGAACCGUAAAUGAACCACUGAUUAUCAUUUCAAUUUUAAACCGAAAUAGAGUGUACUGAAUCUCCGGCCAAUAGACAGAUUUGGGUGAAAGGUGUAUGGACGUGGUGCUAAAGAGGAAUUGACGGGCAAACCCGCGGUCAACACACCAAUUUAUUGGAGGGGAGAAUAUAGGACUGCCUACAGAGCAGAAGCGGACUGGAGAGAGUUAGAGAGAGAGGGAGGACGGAGUGCAGUGAAGUGAGUAGAUUGUGGUUUCUCCCGUUGCUCCACGUAGAGCUGUCAUGUUCGCUGGCUGUUCAAAGAGGGAUUACAAUUACGCAUGUUAUGCAGAGCUCCAAGCUGUCAUACACGUUGAUGCAGUCAGUCGGGAGAUGUGCAGCAGGGGGAGCUGAGCCUCGACCUGGGCAGUGAACAUUGUAAAGGUGCGCAGCAGUGACUGGAUUUAACGCACGAUAUUUUGUGAACAGCGGGGAUAUUAAAGUUGCAUUCAUGUCUUUUAUUUAUUAAGAUUAUUCCUAAUUUAUUCAUCACAAAAGGGGGUUCGUUGGGGAAACCCACCGUUGAACAACGGAUUCUAGGAGAAACGACAACUGUAACCCAAUUCUGCCAUUCCGAGUGCGUCUCCCUGCUGGCGUGUCAAAUCGGGACCGUUACCAGAAGAGAACAAGUACGUUUGAAUGCAGGGUGUUCUCUGUCUGGUUCCUAACCCGGGAGAGGGUUGAACACAGAGUUUUCUCUCUCUGGUUCCUAACCCAGGAGAGGGUUGAAUAAUUCGGUCGGGGACGCAGAGCUGGUCCACAGCCGUGGGAAUGUGGGUGGAGAGUGUAAACGCAAACGAAGCAGGAGGGCUUCAACCCUAAAAUGUGACUUUUUCCAAUACACCCCCGCUAUACAAGUGACACGUGCAUUCUGCAAUCGUUUCCAUCGGAUUUGUUUACGUCGCUCAAGAGAUGGCACUCUUCCCUGUCCUCCUCCUCCUCCUCUCCGUGCUCCAUCGUGGUUCCUCCCAGGACCCUGAUGAGGACUCGUUGGCAGUGCCCCGGGGGUGUGGCUGGGGCCUGGUGCGCCCCUACACCCUCCUCUGUGACCUGGACUCUGUUUGGGGCGUGGCGGUCGAAUCUGCAGCGGCCAGCGGAGCCCUGGCUGCCAUUUUACUGGGCCUGAUCAUCCUCUGCCGACUACACCACGUGAGCGAGGCGGAGAAGCGCAGCGGCGUGGGACCCAUUCUCCUCCUGCUUCUGGGCAUCCUGGGCCUGUUCGGCCUCAGUUUCGCCUACCUCAUCGAGCGUGACGAACAGCUGUGUCUUCUGCGCCGUGCCCUCUGGGGCCUGCUCUUCGCCCUGUGCUUCUCCUGCCUGCUGGUGCAGGGUGUGCGGCUCCGGAGGUUGGGCCGCGAGCGCCGGAGCCCGGGGGGCUGUGCUCUGACCGGCCUGGCCCUGGGGCUGAGCGCCGUCCAGGGGAUCAUCGCCGCCGAGUGGCUCCUGCUCACGGUGCUCAGGGAGGGCAGAGCGGCCUGCCAGUACCUGCCUCUGGACUUCUCCUUAGCCUGUAGCUAUGUGCUUGCGCUACUGCUAGCCGCGCUGGGGGCGGCCUCCUUCGCUCUCUGUGGGAAGACCCGGCAGUGGCGCUGUAACGCGAUCUGGCUCCUCUCCGCCUGUCUGUUGUCUCUCCUCCUCUGGGUUGCCUGGGUGGGCUUCUAUCUCUACGGUAACGCCUGGCUGGGGCGGUCCCCGGACUGGGACGAUCCAGCAUUGGCGAUAGCACUGGUGGCACAGGGUUGGCUCCUCCUCCUGUUCCACGCCGUGCCCGAGGCACACUCCUGUCUCUGCUCCCCGCCACAACCCUCCGCCCCUGACUAUUUUGACACAUCCCAGGCCCCGUCCCGCAUGAGGGAGACCAGCUUCGACGAGGACAUCCCCCUCUCACACAGGCAGUUUCCGGAGAACCAGAGCUACGGCUUUGACGAAAACACUGCAGGUCUGAGGAGUGCAGGUAAUCAUAAUGGUAACACAGCGCCCAGACCCAGUGCCCCCUUCCGCAGCAACGUGUACCAGCCCACUGAGAUGACCAUGAUCCUGAAUGGGGGAGCGGUGAGUUCUCAUAUUGUCCCCUCCGCACCCCCGACCUAUACGGGGCGGCAGCUGUGGUGAAGGACAGAAAUUAAGAAGAAGAGGAAGGAAGAAUGGGGUGAUGAAGAAGGGAGGAUGGGUCCUUGGACAGAGGAAUAACCCAGUGAGGAUAACUAUAACAUGGACACCAUCAGGAACCCCCCCCCCCCCCCC